AAGCCACCGAAGGGAAAUUAUGAAAGAUUGUUGGCUUUGGCUGCCCAUGCUUUGGCAGAGGUAUCAGGAUCUGUAGCCUAAUAAACGUGAGCCUAAAGAUUUGUGGCAGGAGCCUUUUGCUCCUGCUUCUGCCUGGAGACCUUGCGCUGAUCAGCGUAAUUGGGAACCUAGUGGUGACACUCAAAGUCUGCUGCCUGCUAUUGUACUUUGAUAGAGGGAAAUAAUGGAUACAUUUUGAUGACUGCAAAUGGUGGAAUAAAUCAACAACGAGUAGCUGUUUGCAAUGCGGUGGUUGUGGCCCGAUUACUUAAUUCAACUUUGGUUAUUCCCAAAUUUAUGUUUAGUAGUGUAUGGAGAGAUGUAAGUCAAUUCAGUGACAUCUAUCAGGAGGAGCAUUUUAUAAAAUACUUAACAUCUGAUAUAAGGAUAGUAAAGGAACUUCCUGAGGAAUUGCGGUCUUUAGACUUGGAGGCAAUUGGUAGUGUUGUAUCAGAUGUUGACAUGGGAAAAGAGGCCAAGCCAAGUUUUUACUUGAAGCACAUUCUACCUAUUCUACUCAAAAAUCAAGUUGUCCAUUUUGUUGGUUUUGGGAAUCGCUUAGCAUUUGACCCAAUACCAUUUGAGCUGCAGAGACUUCGUUGCAGAUGUAAUUUUUAUGCGCUGCGAUUUGUCCCCAGAAUACAAGAAACUGGUGCUUUGCUUCUUAAAAGGCUGCGCCAGCAUACUGGUCACAUUGGACUGUUGGAUCCAUAUCUCAUUGGUCCAUUUGCGGCAUCAAUUUUGGAGGAAAGAGGAAAUCAGUCCAAAAAGGCAUCUAAAUAUCUAUCUUUGCAUCUCAGAUUUGAAAUUGACAUGGUAGCUCAUUCUUUGUGUGAAUUCGGGGGAGGUGAAGGUGAGAGGAAAGAAUUGGCAGCUUAUCGUGAAAUCCAUUUCCCUGCAUUGGCACAUCUAGAGAAGACCACAAAAUUGCCCUCUCCUUCAGAGAUCAGGUCUGAAGGUCUGUGCCCCUUGACACCCGAAGAGGCUGUCCUUAUGCUUGCUGCUCUGGGUUUUAACCGGAAGACUCAUAUAUUUGUAGCUGGUUCUAAUUUGUAUGGAGGUCAAUCACGGUUGACUGCACUGACCAGCUUGUACCCUAAUUUAGUGACUAAAGAGGACUUGCUCUCUUCAACUGAACUGGAACCGUUUGCAAAUUAUUCAUCUCAGCUAGCAGCACUGGACUUCAUAGGCUGUACUGCUGCUGAUGCAUUUGCCAUGACCGAUUCUGGAAGUCAGUUAUCGUCUUUGGUGUCUGGUUAUCGUAUAUAUUACGGUGGAGGCAAAAUGCCAACAAUACGACCAAAUAAACGCAGGCUUGCUAGUAUCUUUACCAAGAACUCAACCAUAGAAUGGCGUGUGUUUGAACAGAGAGUUAGGAAAGCUGUUAGACAGACCAAACAUGUACAGACAAGGCCCAGAGGAAGAAGUAUCUACAGGUAUCCACGGUGUAGAGAAUGUAUGUGCAGGAUAGAAUAAUGUAUUCUUUUGUACUUUAUUCGGUUUGCAAGUGCCCAUUGCAUUUUGUAACAUUAUUUAUUGCCCCCAGUCAAUUUUUUGGUGUCUGCCAUUGCAUUUGGUUACAUUGUUUAUCACUCACAAUGCGAAUGAAAUGGCAGGAUAAGGCUUGUUGCCCAUACAACGUCCCUAUUUUGACUGUGUAAAAUUUUCAACUCUUGGGAAUAUUUUGAAUUUUGAAUAGGGACUGGAGUACUAUUUUGAAUCAUCUAUAUGGAAAGCGAAUACCUUGGUUUUCA